GACCCUGCGAUGAAUGGACGUGACAUAAAUUUUAUCCAUGCAUGAGGUUCCCGAGUUGCCCAAAUUCCGUAAAGGAGAAGAUUAAAAAAAAAAAAAGAAGCGUGACGAAAUGACAAAUAUAGUUGUGGUUAAUUAAACGCAACAGCUGGCGUCACAGCCCCAGCGGCCGGAUAUGAUGCCACUGUCGCGUUUCUCGUAUAAAGUCUGGCGCCCGGCUCCUCGGUCGCCAGUCUUGAGAGAUACCGAGUUCAAGGAGCAAGAAACUCAGCGAGAGAGACAAAGAAAAGGAAAAAGUCCUACAAACAAAGAUACUGCCGCAAGUUACACGGUUCUCAAUCGGUGCAGAAAAAAACAACAACAAAACGACGACAAUGAUGAAGGUUUUGGUUGUGUCCUUGAUUGCUCUUGUGGCACCUUCGGUCGCUGCCCCUCAUGGCUACGUCCUUCAGAGACAAGACAACACAGGAGCGCCCUUCACGUGGCUCUCGGCCCUGAAGGAUGCGCACGCCAGGGGAAGCUCUCUGGCACCUGUCGACAUCCCGAGGGCCAAUGUAGUCGUAGGACCUCAUCGUGGAUUCACACUCUCCAGCAACAAGCCCUUCUCCCAAUGGCUCCACGGCGUAGUUCAGUCCGCUGUGGCACGACACAACUCCCUGCACAAAUCCCUCGCGUUCACCCCUGCUGUCAACCGCUACUAUGGCUCCUUCGUCGUCCCUUCUCGUGGAUUCCCCCAGUUCCCUGUAGUUCCCCCGACCAUUCCUAUCACUAGGACCCACUCUAACCCCUCUGCCACCAUGACCGCCUCCGUCCCCACGACCACUUCGCCCUCGACCACUUCCCGCUCGACGACGACCACCACCACGCCCACCUCCCCCUCGACGACCACCCUCCUUCCCCGCAGCCUCGAAGGGGACACCGACGUGAACUACGUGGGCCCCGUCCCCCGAGAGAACCCCGACGCAGAGGUCUUCGACGAGGAGCUGGUGAGGGAAGACGCCCGCAGGAACUUCGCCGGCGUGUCCGAGGAGUUCGGCGAAGUUCAGCCUGAGUCGUCGGAGGUCGUUAGGUCUCAGCCCGUGGAUUCUACAGACGCCCCCUUUUUGUAAACUAUUGGAAUAAUACGUACUACGUACUGUUGACAUAAUACGUGCGUCAUAUGACUAAAGCCUGCCAUAAAGCUCGUAAUUACACUGUAUAGUGGCAUUAACGAUCGACCUUGGCACAGUGCCAUAGAUAUAUCGUGAGGAAAUAUAUUCCCCGUGCCCUGUGCCCCUUGGUCUUACCUAGACACAACGAAGCAGCUCAUUAUUUAUUAAUCUCUGUGUCUACAAAGCCUCAAGAGGUGACAUAACAUUGCAAGUGCUCACUUGCAUUGUUAUGUAAGUAUUGGGGAAUAUAUUUCUUGAUAUCCUUUCCUAGGAUUAAAUUCUUGUACGUUAAUUAUAUUGUUUGUUAUAUUUUUUAAAUAAAACAUUCAUUCCAAAAC